UCCGACUUGUUAUGUCUACGUAGUAGAGUCGACAGAAUUUCGAAUAAAGUUGAGCGGGAAUACUCGACCGGCGAACGGCAUCCGCGCUGGGGGUCUCUUCGCCCGGGCGGCUCAAAACAAUCAUACGAUAAUCGCGAUGUGCCAAAUUAUAACUGGUUCACAGUGAAUUGGUGCGAUAAUUCGAUUUAUAACACGAUAAUAUUACGAUUAGAACUAUGGCCGCGAAAGUUUGUUGUAUGUGUGUAUUAUUUUUGUGCAUUUUGUACAGUGCUCGUAGUUUUAACUUGGAACCGAGGAUCCCUGUGAUAAAGUUGGGAGAGGCAGGCUCUUAUUUUGGAUUUUCAGUUGCUGAACAUCUUACGAUAAAUAGUGAGAGCGACAAGACGAGUUGGCUUCUUGUAGGAGCGCCGCUGGGUCAAAACCUUCAGCCAAACACGACGAAGUCCGGAGCUUUGUGGAAAUGUCGACUCAGUACGUCCUUACGAGACUGCGAACAAAUUGUAACUGAUGGAAAAAGAACGAAGUACGGCAAGAUAAACACGACUCUGGACUCAAUCCACCUGUCUGGGCCGCAUCCUGAUGAGAUCAAAGAUGGGCAAUGGCUUGGCGUAUCAGUUCGGAGUCAGGGACCAGGAAAGAAGGCUGUCGUUUGUGCACACAGGUAUAUCCGAAAGUCCGGAGAGUCUCAAUUUGGACAAGGUCUUUGCUACACACUAAGCAACGACCUUCAAUUAGUCGAUGUAUGGGAGCCAUGUCGAGGCCGGUCCGUGCAAAGAGAGCACGAAGAAUUUGGUUUUUGUCAAGUGGGAACGAGUAGUUCACUGUUAGAAGAUGAUACUCUAGUACUAGGCAGUCCCGGACCUUACACUUGGAGAGGAACUAUAUUUAGUCAGGACACGAAUGAUGAUCUGAUUGAACGUGAUCACGUUGUUUAUAUGGCUCCAGUGGAGGAUGGAGCGAGUCCAGUAGAAAAAUAUAGCUAUCUCGGUAUGUCGGUAUCAGGCGCCAGCUUCUUCGGCAAGGAACCUUCAUAUGCUGCAGGAGCACCGAGAGCACAUGGAACCGGUCAGGUUGUUAUCUUCAGUAAACGAGUCAUAGAUGAUUGGACGAGAACGGACGUGGAUAUCCUUAACUUUACUCUAUUGCUAAAUGGCGAACAAUUUGGCUCAAGCUUUGGUUAUGAAGUGUCUUCAGCUGAUGUAAAUGGAGAUGGUUUACCAGACCUUCUAGUUGGUGCACCAUUUUAUUUUUCACGUGAUGCAGGCGGUGCUGUAUAUCUGUAUCUCAACAAAAACCACAAUUUACCUCAAGAAUACAGUCUCAAACUAACGGGAAAAUCAGAAUCACAAUUCGGAAUAGCAAUAGCAAACACAGGAGACCUAAAUAAAGACGGGUGCGAGGAUAUAGCUAUCGGCAGCCCCUAUGAAGGGAAUGGUGUAGUAUAUAUUCAUAUGGGGGAUAGAAAGACUGGGCUUAAAGCUAAACCUGAUCAGAUUAUAAAAGCGGAGUCGUUGCCAAUAGUAAUGAAAACAUUUGGCUAUUCGUUAUCAGGUGGCACAGAUCUAGAUUCUAACGGCUAUCCAGAUCUUCUGGUUGGCGCUUAUGAAAAUAGCAGUGUUGCUUUCAUCCGAACCAAGCCAAUUAUAGAUAUCAAGACAUCGAUAAGGCCAACGAAUACAAUUAUAAACAUUGACCCAACAAUACAGGGGUGUGAAAAAGACCCAAAAUCUAACUACACGUGUUUUCAUUUCCAAGCAUGUUGUAUAAUCAAAUCUUUAGUGAGAUCUAGUCAUAGCAAUGUACAUGAACUUAAUUACGUCGUAGAAGCAGAAACUUUUCCUGGUGGAAGAAAGUAUUCCAGAGUUUUCUUUGAUUCUGAAAAAUCUAAUAUUGUGAACAAAACAAUUCAACUAGGAAAAGACGAAGAACAUUGUAGGGAGCAUAUUGUUUAUCUGAAAAAUAAUACAAGAGAUAUCCAAACGCCGAUCAAAUUCCAAGUGACAUACAAAAUAGUUCACAUAGAUCCCCAAUACUCGAGUAGUGGUGAACUCCCAAACAUUGAUGACUACCCAGUACUAAACGCAACGGCGACAACGGCAUUCAGUGCUAACUUCCUAAAUGAUUGUGGUCUGGAUGGAAUCUGCGUAAGCGAUCUCGUUGUGGACCCUGUCUUGCAACUUCCCAAAACUGAAGAUGGAAAAUCGUAUGCUCUUACAUUGGGCCAGGAAGAGGAGAUUAAGUUGUCUAUUUCAGUGGAUAAUUAUGGAGAGUCCGCUUAUGAGGCACAGCUAUUUGUACAACAUCAUGCAAGCUUGCAUUAUAUCGCUGCUAAUAUAAGUGGUAAGCACAUGAUAUGUACAAGCGUGAACAAAACAACAGUAUCUUGCCUCCUCGAAAACCCGUUUAAGAAACAAGCGGAUGGCUCAGUGCCCAUAACAAUAAGAUUUGAUGCCAGAGCUUUGGAAGAUAACGAGCCGUCCGUCGUCUUCUCAAUUUGGGCUAACUCUACUUCUAAAGAACUACACCCUGGAAAGAAACCAGUACAAAUUGAAGCUUUGGUGAUUAAGAACGCUGAGCUCCUAAUAAAAGGAGCUGCACGACCGGAACAGGUAUUUUACGGUGGAGAAGUAAAAGGAGAAUCAGCUAUGACCUACUUUGAUGAUAUAGGAACCAGAGUUAUACAUACAUAUCAGGUAUUUAACGAAGGUCCUUGGCGUGUAUCGUCGCUGCAAGUAGUAAUAUCGUGGCCUCAUCAAGUGGCAUCUGACAGUGACCAGGGAAAAUGGUUGCUCUAUCCUGAAGACGUGCCUACUGUUGAUGGAGAGGCCGAUCAAAGUAACGGCGAAUGUUUUAUAAUUUAUGGAAGUGAAAUCAACCCUCUGAAACUCACAACUCGACCUGGAUCUUUUGAACCAUAUCUGGAAAAUUUGGAAAUGGAUCCAUUUUUAAGCGCUGGAAAAUUGAGUGCCACCUCUAGUGAGAAAGAACAUAACUCUACGCUUAAGAAAGCAGUUGAAUUUAGAAGUGGUGCCGAAAACAAAAUAAGGAAAAAGAGGGAAAGCGAUAUCGUUAAAGCUGAAGCUUAUACGGAUAAGGAUGGUCAGAGAAAGCACGUUGUCAACAUGAACUGCCAAAAGAAAACAGCCAAAUGCAUUCAAUUCCAAUGUGUAAUAUACAGAUUGGGACGCAUGCAAGCAAGUACCAUCACAGUAAAAGCCCGGCUUUGGAAUUCUACCUUGGUGGAAGACUACCCACGAGUUAGCCAUGUCAACAUCGCUUCUACUGCGUUCAUUCAUAUUCCAGAACAUUAUAACAUCCAUCAGAAUAAGCGGCACGAUGAUACUGCGACGGUCGAAACCGUUGCGUAUCCAGACUUGAAGAUAAGCGAGCCUUCAGAAGUACCAUUGUGGGUUAUAAUUGUCUCAAUUAUAGUAGGCCUCAUAGUUCUCAUACUUCUCAUAAUAGCGCUUUGGAAACUCGGAUUCUUCAAACGAAGUCGGCCAGACCCUACGUUAUCUGGUAACCUGGAGAAGAAUAACCACGAAUCUAGUCCGUUUAUUGGUCGAGAUAGGAACAGUAUCCGAUAGCUGGUUGUCAGAUAAUUGUGUAAAACAGUGUAAAUAGAAAGUUUUGUAUGAUACAAUGCAGAUGUUUUUGUAUGGAUUGGAUAUUAGCAACAUCUAGGACAGUAGAAAAGUAAAGUAACAUACAUUUGAGUAAGUGUAUUUUUAAAAUUGAUUUAACUCUUGCUUAAAAUAAAAGAUGAAUAUAACAGCCUGUGUUAUGUUGCUGAAUUUUAUCCAUACAAAACGAAGAAUGGACGUAGUGAAACUUGCGUAAUAGUGUUAAAUUUAUACAAGAAAAGGUUUUAUAGGUAGGUAUAUUUAAUAUCAUUUGACUGUGAUGUCUUCGUAGAGGAUUAUAUUAUGUGUGUAAGUACGAAAUGUUCUGGAAACGGCGUUUUAUUGUUGUUACAAGGCUCUUGUAUGAGAGAUUUAACUAUUGUUUUUAUUUUGCAUUUCUUAAGUGUAAUGAGAAGAUUUUCUAUGAUUGUUUAUAUAAAUGAAUAUGUAUUAUUCUGUAAAUAAUACUUGCCUUAUUAUUUAUGAAAUUUUAGCAUAAGGACAAGUUGACUAGAUUUUUUACUAGUCAAAUUUAAUUAGGAAUUUUAUAAUGACUUAGGUUUGUAAAAACCAUGAUGUUGUAUUUUUUUCUUACACUUAAUAAUGAGCUACUUAGAUAUUGUUCUACUUACUUGUUGCUACUUAUUUUUAUUUAUCAAUUUUAGUUUUGUUGAAUAUAUUGUUCAAACUGUAUUUUUAACAUGGUUUAAAUACACAUUGUAAUGAAAUAAAUUUCUGUACACCUAUUGUACUUAUUUUUUAAGCAUUUAAAGUACUUAUGAUUUUUAAAUGUGGCAAAAUACGAUAUUGAUUUUCAUU